AUGGCUCCGAAGCCCCGAAAGAAAAAAAAAGGGCAGCCGGCCAGGUCUGGGUUCACAGCUCCAAGGGUCACUGCAGAGGACACUGUGGGGUCCACAGUGCCGGACAAUGCCUUGCUGCUGCCGGUACAAGAGGAAUAUGCACGCAUUUGUCAAAAUCUGGAGCAUUUGAGAGGGAGGAGGGCACAGCUGAGGGCACAAUAUGAGUUCCUCCAGCAAGAGGCACAAGAUCUCCAGAAUGAGAGCCGGGAGUUUGCAGGCUACCUAGCCAAGCGGGCCCAAAGGCGCCAGGGUGUUGUGGUCUCUCUGAGUGAGGAGAGCCAAGAGUUGCUGAGAAAAAUCCAGCAGCAGCACCAAGAAGUUAUGGCACGUUCCCAGGAGCAGGAGGCAGCUCUGCGGGAACAGCUGCUCCAGAAGGAAGCUGAGCUGGCCCGCCUCAGCUCCGAGCUGGAGGGGCUGCGAGGGGUCCAGGCCCUGAAACAAGAGCAGACGUCCCGCAUUCGGGAGCUCCAGCAGGAGCUGGCAGUUGCCCAGAAGCAACACGUGCAACACCUGGAGGCAGCCAAGGUGCAAGUCUUGAAGGAGAAGGCUGCCCGUGAGCAGGAGGCAGGGCGGGAAGUGGAGGGCUUGGCUCAGCAGGUGCAGCAGCUGGCCUUACAGUGCCUGCAGGAGCACAGCCGGACAGUUUGCAAGCAGAAUAAGGAACUGAGGGAGGAGCUGCACCAGCUGGUCCAACGAGCACGGAAGCUGCAGGAGCACAAGCACCGGCUGCAGAAACAAAUGCAGCAGCUGUGGCGGGAGCAUGGCUGUCUGCAGGACUUGGCUUUCUUGCGGGGCCGGUUGAGUGGCAGUGACUCUGGCCUUGCGCUGAAGGAGAAGUGA